UAGACGGAUGAGUUAUUGUCAUGUAAAAAGCGCCAGCAAUAAGACCAACCGCUUUGCUAUUGUCCAAGUGGAAAGAGCCAAGUUUAUUAUGAGGACUAUAUGCUCUAGAGACCUCAGACAAGGCAUCUCAUAGGAGGCUUUUUCAUAAAACUAGGCUCUGCUGGUAGUAAGGAGGCCAGUUUGGAGGCAGGCGUUGAGCUGUGCACAUCUCCCCUCUCCAGCCACCUUCUCCAUAUCCAUCUUUUAUUUCAUUUUUCCACUUGGCUGAGCCAUCCAGAACCUUUUCAAUGUAUAAAAUGGAAUAUUCUUACCUCAAUUCCUCUGCCUACGAGUCCUGUAUGGCUGGGAUGGACACCUCGAGCCUGGCUUCAGCCUAUGCAGACUUCAGUUCCUGCAGCCAGGCCAGUGGCUUCCAGUAUAACCCGAUAAGGACCACUUUUGGGGCCACGUCCGGCUGCCCGUCCCUCACGCCGGGAUCCUGCAGCCUCGGCACCCUCAGGGACCACCAGAGCAGUCCGUACGCCGCAGUUCCUUACAAACUCUUCACCGACCACGGCGGCCUCAACGAGAAACGCAAGCAGCGCCGCAUCCGCACUACUUUCACGAGCGCGCAGCUCAAAGAGCUGGAGAGGGUCUUCGCUGAGACUCACUACCCUGACAUCUACACUCGGGAGGAGCUGGCCCUGAAGAUCGAUCUCACUGAGGCUCGAGUCCAGGUCUGGUUCCAGAACCGGCGCGCCAAGUUUCGCAAGCAGGAGCGCGCAGCAGCGGCCGCGGCGGCCGCGGCCAAGAACGGUUCCUCGGGCAAGAAGUCCGACUCCUCCCGGGACGACGAGAGCAAGGAGGCCAAGAGCACCGACCCCGACAGCACCGGGGGCCCGGGCCCCACCCCCAACCCCACCCCCAGCUGCGGGCCCAGCGGCGGCGGCGGCGGCGGGCCCAGCCCGGCGGGCGCUCCGGGGGCCGCGGGUCCGGGGGGCCCGGGGACCGAACCCGGCAAGGGCGGCGCGGCGGCGGCGGCGGCGGCAGCGGCGGCAGCUGCAGCGGCGGCGGCGGCGGCGGCGGCCGGGGGUCUGGCGGCGGCCGGGGGCCCCGGACAAGGCUGGGCUCCCGGCCCCGGCCCCAUCACCUCCAUCCCGGAUUCGCUCGGGGGCCCCUUCGCCAGCGUGCUGUCCUCGCUCCAAAGACCCAACGGCGCCAAAGCCGCCUUAGUGAAGAGCAGUAUGUUCUGAUCUGGGAUCCCGGGCGGCGACAGCGACCGGACCCGGGCGGCCGGGCCGGGCGGGCGAGCGGGCGAGCGGAUGCGCCCAAGGCUACUGCCGCCGCUGCUGCGCGGCUGCUUCCUCGGGGGCCCACACCAUCGAGAUGCGAAUCGCGGGACACGACGUCGCCCCAUUUCCACCCCACUCCCACCCCCUUCCUCAACCCCCAAAACGAGACAACGAAACGCAACGAGACCGGCCCGGACUCCAGCCGGCGGAGACCCUGCUGCGGAGCUCCUCGGGGCGCUCAGGGCUGCGUCCGCUCGGGUGGGUGCCUGCCUCAGGGUGGGGACGCGGGGCUGUGGCCCGAGCAGGACGCGGGACACAGGGGUGGGCCGCAGCCGGCGCAGUGACUUGCUUUGCAAAGGACAAAAGGAAAACUAUUAAAAAUAAAAGCUGGGAAGGCAGCAACCACCUAGAAAAACCAGAAAGAUUUAAAAGCUCCAAGGGGAACGAAAAAAGACAAAGUGAACGGGCGAGUGGGGAGAAGCUGCAGCUGGUGCUCGGUCUUGAGGGCUCAAUCUUGUGAACCCCUAUAUUCAAGCGCUCCUGACAGCGGGACUCAUUAGGGGCCCCUUUUGGGGGAGAGGAUAGGGAUGCCUUGCCAGUCCCCCUUCCCUUCGUGUCCUCGAGGUCGGGCCACUGCGGUGGUGGCGGGCGACUGACUCAGACUGUACUAGCAGCCAAAAUGACUUGCUUGUGCCCGCUUGCCUCCCUCCACCGCGCCGGACAUCAUCCAGCCAUUAGCCAUCUGACUCUCACACCGUCGCAGCUCCCAGCCCCGACUCUCAGCAGCCCCUUGGCCCUGAAGAUGCUCUAUACAUGAGAUGCCUUUUCAUCCACAACUGCAAACUGUGUCUCCUAGUUCACAAGUUUCCUUUUAUUUUUUCCUCUCUCUCUCUCUGUCUCUCUCCCAACAUCCCCAUCGGCAUUUUCUUCUUCCACCAGCUUUUUACUGAACUUUUUGGCACUGCUUUGGAUUGGAGUCAAUUGCAGUCCACUUUGCUGGCUGCAGAGAAAUCUAUUGAGCAAGGAAAGGCACACACACACGUUUGCAGAAGUGUCUCGGUUUGCAUUUCUGUUUGGAUGAUCCGAACUGUACUCACAUCCUGUAGGUUGGAUGGACUGUAUAUUGAUGAUUCCAUUCUUUGCGCAGUUUAGACAUCUCUGUUGGGGUUUGUUUAUUUUUUUGUUUUUAUUUUAAAAGGCACAAACUAUAGAUAUUAGUUGAAUGUUGAGGCUUUAACUUUUUCGGUGUCUUUCUACAACUGUGUUCUGUGACUCAAUUGUAUCGUGUUAAUAUCAGUACAGACCGUCUCCUACGUGACAGUAUGUUUUUCCUUCUUGUAGUCUUAUGGUGUGUCUCUAUGGCGUAAUAAGGUUCUCACGGGUUCAGUUCCUUUGUGUUUAGAGAGACCACGGUUCAGACAAUGGUAUAUAUUUUUGUUAUCAGGUGCAUGUCUGUCUGGUUUCCUCUUUUCUCGUUGGACUAUGUUUGUGAACAUAAUCAUCAUAAAUUAUGUUUCAGAUUUUCAAAUUUAUUUAUAUGUGUUAUAAUGAAUGCUUCUAUUUAAAAGGGAAAUAUUUCUACAUGUGCAUAUAGUUUUCCAAGAGUGUACCAUUAACUUGAUUGUUGAUAAUAAAAACAAAAAGCAAGUCUAAGCAA